ACUGUCACGGGGGUUCCUGCCCUAGAUUGCAGGGGUUAGACAAUAAAUUUGAAGUCUAUCGCUUUAAAUUCCAAUCUCUGAUACAGCAGAGAUCAUUAAGUCUGUCAGUAGAGGGUGAGAAAUAUUAUAAAUUACACCUGAAAUAUUCUUCAUAUUUCAGAGUAUAGUCUUUGACGACCAGAAUCGUUUAUAGUCAUAGUUAUUUAAUCACUGUGUUCAAUUAGAUAGGUAUUUCAAAAGCACUUGAUAUUGAUUACCAAAGAAAUGGUGAUGGAGAAGCCAAGUCCCCUGCUUGUAGGGCGGGAGUUUGUGAGGCAAUAUUACACACUCUUAAACAAAGCACCCGAUUUCCUGCACAGGUUCUAUGGAAGGAACUCCUCCUAUGUUCAUGGCGGACUCGACUCCAACGGGAAGCUUGCAGAAGCGGUGUAUGGCCAAGCGGAAAUCCACAAGAAGGUCCUGUCCCUGCAGUUCCAAGAAUGCCACACGAAGAUCAGACACGUGGACGCCCAUGCCACGCUGACUGACGGCGUUGUGGUCCAAGUGCUGGGUGAGCUCUCCAACAACGGCCAGCCAAUGAGGAAGUUCAUGCAGACCUUUGUGCUCGCUCCAGAGGUGCGUAGUACGGGUUCCGUGGCAAACAAAUUCUACGUACACAACGACAUCUUCCGCUAUGAGGAUGAGGUUUUCGGUGACUCUGAGGCUGAACUUGAUGAGGAAUCUGAAGAGGAGGUUGAGGAGGAGCAGGAGGAGAGACAGCCAUCCCCAGAGCCACUCCAGGACAGUCCUAACAGCACUACUUACUACGAGCCUCACCCUGUCAUCAAUGGUGUUGAGGAGCCCAUGGAGGAGCCGGCUCCAGAGCCUGAGCCCGAGCCUGAACCGGAGCCCGAGGUAGAGGAGCUGAAGCCCGACGUGGAGGAGAAGGUGAUGGAGGAGCUGGAGGAGAAGGCCCCCUCCCCGGUCCCCGUAGAGUCCCCACCCAGCACCCAGGAGGCCCCCAAGACCUUCUCCUGGGCCUCGGUGACCAGUAAAAACCUGCCUCCUAGCGGUACAGGACCCUCCUCUGGAAUCCCCCCCCAUGUUGUUAAAGCACCAAGCUCACAGCCCAGAGCGGAGAACAAACCUGAGAGCCAGACGGCCCCUCUCCGGGGACCUCGGGACCAGCGCCCCCGCGACAGACCAGCCUUCGUACAGCGAGCAUCCAGACCUGAUGGUGUUGCACCUUCAGAAUCACAAACUGGGAAACCCCACUUCAGUUUUGUCAACAAAGGUCGGGGCGAGGCGGACCCUGGUGAGAUGGACAGCAGAAGGAUCAUCCGGUACCCAGACAGCCACCAGCUCUUUGUGGGCAACCUCCCUCAUGACAUUGACGAGGCAGAGCUCAAGGACUUCUUCAUGACUUUUGGCAAUGUAGUGGAGCUGAGGAUCAACACCAAGGGAGUCGGAGGAAAGCUGCCCAACUUUGGAUUUGUGGUCUUCGACGACUCUGACCCUGUCCAGAGAAUCCUGGGGGCGAAGGUAGGGGGGCCCAUCAUGUUCCGCGGUGAGGUGCGUCUGAACGUAGAGGAGAAGAAGACCAGGGCGGUACGUGAGCGGGAGGUCCGUGGCGGAGGAGAUGACCGCAGAGACAUGGGGAGACGCGGCGACAGGGGGCCCGGUGGCCCGCGAGGAGGCAUGGUGGCCGGCAACGGGAUGAUGCGUGACAGCAGGGGCCCCCCACCCAGGGGCGGCAUGGGUGCGCCCAAGCCCGGCCUAGGCUCUGGAAGAGGAGCAGGAGGAACCGCCGAGGGCCGCUUCACCACCCAGCGCCGCUGAUAGUGCCACCUGCAGUUCGGAAGUAGUACCACGUUCUUCAUCUUCUACCGUUCUCGUUAACGAAAAAAAAUCUACAUGUAUAAACAUAUAUACUUUUGUUUGUUUUUCGUUUCGGUAAAAAAGUAUUUUUGGCUUUGGAAUGUGACACAGCCUGUCAACUAUUUCUUCUUUGAUGUGACAGACAAAAAUGAGCAAACGUAAAAUUUGCAUUUUCGCUUUACUUAGCUGUGAGCUGAGCGUCCUUUUCCAGUGUUGUCAAGAAUUCACAAACAUUAAUUUGUAAAUUUGAGGAAAAGCAACCAGGAGUAAUCUGCAACGUUAUAGGAGGAGGGACUGAUAGACUUUUACCUACGAUAAUACAGCCCAUCAUUUGGAAUAGAGAUUAUUAUGCCUCAACUUACCGGGGCACUACGUCACGAAACCCCUCUUAAUGCACAUUUUAUAUGUGGGAGUUCUCUGCCCGUUACUGUUGGGAAAGCAUGAGGUGAAUUUCCUGCUAUGGGGGGGGCUUGCAUUUAGUUUUUUCCUUUUCAAAGAACACUGCUUAAAACAAAUUGCAUAAUGCACUCAUCAAUAUGCACUAAUGGGUACUUUUGUCAUGUUACAUUGACAUCCUGGGAACACAGCUGGUUGAGACAUCUACUGUUGUCUCAAAGCUAAACGACGUGACAAGGCAGGCCUCCACUUCAGGCCUGUUUACUGUGACCAAUAUACUUUUCUCUCACAUCUUUCAUCUGCGAACCCAUAACUAUGCUUCAAUUACUGCUGGAAUACAACAAGGCACAACAAACCAAUCUACAGAAUGAUUAUUUUCCUAAAUGAAUUUAAUAAAAAGCUCGAAGUUCCUGGACUGCACCGAACGGGGAAAUAAAAGGAUGGUCCACAGACACAAACCAAGCUGACCAAUAGGAGAGUGGUGGUGAUAAUGUUUGUGGAGACUCGCUCCCUAUUCUUUGUUGAUAGUUUUUUUAUUUUUUUUCAUGCAUUUUUCUUCCCUUCCCUACACUUGCCAGAACUGUGAAACUGGGCCCCCCCUCUUCUCCCUCCAUUCCCCGUCAAGUGUACGGAGGAACAUAAUAAAUGUACAGCAAAAAUCAUA